CUUUCAUAGUUGGACGCAAAGCAGAAAAAGCUCAACUAUGGCGGAGUUGCAGCUGAACCAAAGCCAGUGUCAUCUACGUAGCAGCCAAUACCUCGGAGAAAUCUCAGCCCUUUGUUUUCUCCACCUUCCCUCUCACCUCUCUUCCCUCCCUUAUCUCGUAGCCGGUUCUGGUUCUCAAGUUCUCCUUUAUGAUCUAGAAUCAGCGACAAUGAUACAAUCUUUUCAAGUCUUUCAAGGCAUUCGCGUACAUGGAAUCAUUUGUAGCUUAACUCAUAAUGCGUUAACUUAUAAAGUUGUUGUUUGCGGUGAAAAGAGAGUAAAGUUAUUUAACUUAAGUUUUGAAUUGGUGUCCAAGUCAAACUCCCAGAGUCAACCAGAGUUCUGUGCGGAUUUGAGUUUAGAUCAUUCUUUGCCCAGGUUUAGUCAUUGGGUUUUAGAUGUUUUGUUCUUAAAGGACCAUUGUCUUGCCAUUGGAUGCAGUGACAACUCUGUCCAUCUUUGGGAUAUGUUAAACUCGAGCUUGGUUCUUCAAGUUCAGUCUCCAGAUAGGUGUCUUUUGUAUUCCAUGAGAUUAUGGGGUGACAAUCUUGAAGCUCUUCGUAUUGCUUCUGGUACAAUUUAUAAUGAGAUUAUAGUUUGGAAAGUCGUUUGUCAACAUGAUUCUCCAAGUUUAACAAGUCCACUGGAAGAUUGCAUGAAUUUAAGCAGUUCAAACCCAAACUUUAUCAAGUGUCAUGAUCAGCAGUAUAAAGCUGUUCACAUAUGUAGACUUGUUGGACAUGAAGGUUCGAUAUUUCGCAUUGUAUGGUCUUCCAGUGGAGCCAAACUUGUUUCUGUUUCUGAUGAUCGUAGUGCUCGUAUCUGGACGAUACAUGUUGGACAGAAUAAUUGUGAUGACAAAAGGGAGGUCAUUGGUCCUGUGCUCUUUGGCCAUAGUGCUCGGGUUUGGGACUGCUGUGUUUCUGAUUCUAUAAUUAUUACUGCUGGUGAGGACUGUACAUGUCGUGUCUGGGGUCUGGAUGGAAAGCAGCAUAGGAUGAUUAAGGAGCAUAUAGGAAGAGGCAUAUGGCGAUGUUUAUAUGAUCUAGACUCUUCACUUCUCAUUACUGCUGGGUUUGACUCCGCAAUUAAAGUUCAUCAGUUGCACACCUCUGUUUAUAAGACAUUGAACUUGGAGAAAGAUGCUGAAUCCAAAGAUAUAAUUGAGGGAGCACAGAUAAGCACUAUUCGCAUCCCAAAUUCAAUGGAGCAUGCUGGACUCAUGGAUAGCAAAAGUGAAUACGUGCGCUCCUUGUAUUUUAAAUGUGAAAAUAUCCUUUAUGUUGCCACAAAUCAUGGUUAUCUGUACCAUGCUCUGUUAUCUGAGACAGGGGAUGUCAAAUGGACUGAACUAGUCCAUGUCACUGGAGAGGUUCCAAUUGUUUGUAUGGAUCUGUUGUCCAAAAACCUUUCUGAACAUGAUUGCAGUAUAGAUGAUUGGAUUGCUCUUGGAGAUGGUAAAGGAAAUAUGACAGUUGUUGGAGUCACUGGUGAUCGCUCCUCACCUGAAGUGGGCUUCACCUUUACUUGGUCAGCUGGAGCAGAAAGGCAACUCUUAGGAACUUACUGGUGUAAGUCACUAGGAUGUAGAUAUGUCUUCACCACUGAUCCCAGAGGAGUUUUAAAGCUGUGGAGGUUGUAUGACCCUUCACUAUCUGUUUGUCAUGAUUCUGGAAGAAUAUCCCUUAUAGCAGAAUUCCCUUCAUGUUUUGGAAUACGAACAAUGUGCUUGGAUGUGUCAUUUGAGGAAGAGUUGCUGGUCUGUGGAGAUCUGCGUGGUAAUCUGGUUCUAUUCCCUUUAUCAAAGGACCUGUUGCUGUGUAUGUCAACCAUAUCAGGUGUAAAGAUAUCUCCACUAAGUUAUUUCAAAGGAGCUCAUGGGAUUUCAAGCGUGUCCAAUAUUUCAGUUGCCAGAUUGAGUUGCAAUCAAAUUGAAAUUCGCUCGACUGGAGCGGAUGGGUGCAUAUGCUAUUUAGACUAUGACAAGGACCAAGAAAGUUUUGAAUUUAUAGGAAUGAAACAAGUGAAAGAAUUGAGUUUGAUUGAAUCUGUCUCUGCUGAUUUCACGCCUGCUGAUGAUCUGGCAAACUGCAACUAUGCAGCUGGUUUUGCAUCAACAGAUUUCUUAAUAUGGAAUUUGAUAACUGAGGCGAAGGUUGUGCAAAUUCCAUGUGGGGGAUGGAGACGUCCUCAUUCUUACUACCUUGGUGAUGUACCAGAGAUGAGGAACUGUUUUGCAUAUGUCAAGGAUGAAAUCAUCUAUAUUCAUAGGCAUUGGUUACCAGGAAGUGGGAAAAAGAUAUUCCCCCAGAAUUUACACUUACAGUUUCAUGGAAGAGAGAUGCAUUCCUUAUGCUUUGUCUAUGAAAAUUUGCAAGUUCAAGCAAAUGAAGUGGAAACUUUAGUUGGCAAAUCUAGUUGGAUUGCAACUGGAUGUGAAGAUGGAACUGUGAGGUUAACUAGGUUUACUCCUGAAAUGGAGAAUUGGUCCGCAUCAAAAUUGCUUGGGGAGCAUGUUGGUGGAUCUGCUAUUAGAUCAAUAUGCUUUGUGUCAAAGACACAUAUAAUUGCUUCAGAUGUGUCCAGCCUGCCUGGCUUGGAAAAGGGACAAAAUGCCACUUCAGACAGCAAACAAAAUCCAUGUUUACUGGUUUCUGUUGGCGCAAAGCGUGUCCUGACUUCUUGGUUACUAAGAAAUAGGAGACUGGAUGAGAAGGAAGGAAUAUAUGCUGGAGAAAACCAUAAUGGAUGUGUAACUGGUUACGAAUCAACAGUCAAACAGUGGUCAUCAUUGUCAUUCCGGUGGCUCUCCACUGAUAUGCCGACUAAAAGUCCCACUGGAGGAAGAAAUUACAUAGUGAGUACAGCCAAAAAUGUUUCUAGCCUCAAUAAUGAUGCAAAGACCAGCUCAAUUUUUCCAGAAAAGCAGGAAACAAAGUCAAAAACUUUCCCGGGGAAUAAAUAUGAAGAUGAUUGGAGAUACCUUGCUGUAACUGCCUUUCUUGUUAAAUGUGCUGGUUCCAGGUUAACUGUUUGUUUUGUUGUUGUUGCUUGUUCGGAUGCCACACUUGCAUUACGGGCUCUGGUCUUACCACAUAGAUUAUGGUUUGAUGUUGCUUUAUUAGCUUCCAUGCCAUCACCAGUUUUAGCGUUGCAGCAUGUAGUUGUUCCUGUGCAUACGCCUUCUAAAGGAAACAUCCUGAUUGGCAACCUGUACAUUGUGAUAAGUGGAGCUACUGAUGGCAGUAUCAGCUUUUGGGAUAUAACUGAGAGUGUUGAAACAUUUGUGCAGCGAGUAUCAAGCCUUAAUAUAGAGAAGUUCAUUGAUUGUCAGAAACGGCCACGCACAGGAAGGGGAAGCCAAGGUGGACGGCAGUGGAGAUCAUUGAACAAUAGCAUGUCUAAGAAAAGAUUUGGUGGUAACUCAGUAACUAGGAAACCUGGAGAUGCAGCUAAUAGUGAUUUGCUGUAUGCAACAUGUGGCACAUCGUCAGAAUUAAAUGACCUUGAAAGCAGCUCAAAGAACUGUUCUCAAGCUAUGCAUAAUGCUCUUCAGUUGGAAACAAGCAGAAUUGAUUCCUCGCCUGAGAUAUGUGAAAUACAGCCUAUACAUGUUAUGAGUAAUGUACACCAAUCCGGUGUGAAUUGUCUCCAUCUUUCAGGCAUGGACUACCAAGGUUCUGAGAAUUGUUUUCUGUUCAAUAUUGUCAGUGGGGGUGAUGAUCAAGCACUUCAUUGUCUUCGAUUUAAGCUGACACAAUCAUCAAUGGACCUAGGUGCUAAAAUUUUGACCACAGAAACAAUAAAAUCAACCAUUCAAUCUGAAAGUAUUGAGAAGACAGUAUAUUGUAACAGCCAGAACCAGACCCAGAAUUAUCACAUCAGAUUCUUUAAUCAUCAUAGAAUCGCCACAGCUCAUAGUUCUGCUAUAAAAGGCAUUUGGACAGAUGGGACCUGGGUGUUUUCUACUGGUCUUGAUCAGCGCAUCAGGUGUUGGCUUGUUGGAGAGCAUGGUAAACUAACUGAGCAUGCUCAUCUAAUCAUUAGCGUGCCAGAACCAGAAGCAUUGGAUGCGAGAGCAUGCGGCAGGAACCACUAUCAGAUUGCUGUGGCUGGAAGAGGGAUGCAAAUGGUUGAGUUCUUUGCUGCUUUACAGUAAAAGAUUUUACAGCAGCACCAUAUUGGUACCACCUUGUUGUGCAACUAUUUUUGUAUCAGUUCCUCACACUUGCCAGCUGAUAGAGCUGUCACAACAAGAUGCAAUGAGAUUAUCACAAAUUGGUCAACCAUUUUUUUAAGUGCUGGUUGACUUGCGAAUCUGAACCGUGUGGUCUGACUGACCACUUGUUUUAAUUUCCAUUAAUGGGCAAAGCCCCAUGGCAAAACAACAGAGCGUGGCUCCCUCAACUCUAAUCAGACUGGAUCGAGGGUUUCAUUACAUUGCAUUACAUCUUACAGUAUCAACAUGUAAAAUAUGACAAAUUUAAUGAAAAGUUGAAAACCUGAUAGGUGUUACUACUUUGA